CAAGAAACAUUUCUCAAACAGAAAAUGCCAACUCAGCAAGAAACAAAGCCUCUCAUAUUCGAGAUCGACAGCUACGGUAUGAAAGACUCGACAGAGUCGUCCGAGCACAAGAUUCACUGUAAAUAAGGUACAUGUGUCUUCACUCUCCAGCUUCAUCCAAGCGUACGCAGGACAAAAUUUGUUGCAGGGGAACGUUCAGCUUCCCAUUCUUUAAAUGUUGAAUGUUUCAUGGUUGUGCAAAAAUGGCGCUUUGAACGGAACUCUGACGACCCUUCUCGAAAAAUGCAAAUCGAUGACCGAGUUGAAGCAAAUACACUCGAUACUGAUCACUUCAGGUCUGUCCCAGGAGGACCCUUUAUUAUCAGGAGUUCUGUCUUUCACUGCACUUUCAAGCGCUGGCGACGUCGACUACUCCCGCCAGGUUUUGAUGCAGCUGUCGAGCUCAAGGACUUAUCAUUGGAACACAGUUAUUAGGGGGCAUGCAAAAGGUAAGAACCCAAGUAGAUGUUUAUCGCUUCUUGUCGACAUGUUGAGGAGAGGAGUCUUGCCAGGUCAUAUGACAUUUCCAUUUCUUGCGAAGGCUGUGGCUCGUUUGGAAGAGCUGGAACAUGGGGUCUCGAUUCAUGCCCAUAUUGCAAAAUUUGGGUUUGAGUCAGAUAGGUUCAUCGUCAACUCCUUGAUUCAUAUGUACGCAUCUUGUGGGGAUAUAUUAACUGCGCGCAAGAUGUUUGAUGGAAUGACUAACAGAAAUUCCGUUUCGUGGAAUUCCAUGUUGGAUGGAUAUGCUAAGUGCGGGGACAUGGAUUCGGCUCGUGCAUUGUUUGACUCGAUGCCAGAGCGCGACGUGGUGUCGUGGAGCUCGUUAAUUGAUGGAUAUGUCAAGAGCGGGGAGCAUAGGGAAGCAAUGGCACUAUUUGACAGAAUGCGUUGCAUUGGACCAAAGGCCAAUGAGGUGACUAUGGUUAGUGUAUUGUGCGCUUGCGCCCACUUAGGUGCACUUGAGAAAGGAAAGAUCAUGCAUCGAUACUUAGUGGAGAAUAAGCUGCCGAUGACUCUGAUGCUACAGACGUCCCUCUUAGACAUGUAUGCCAAAUGCGGGGCAAUAGAGGACGCUUUAGCGGUGUUUGACACGGUGCCUGUUAAUAAGACCGACGUGCUGAUCUGGAAUGCUGUCAUUGGAGGCCUCGCCACACAUGGAUUUGCCGAAGAUGCCCUCAGAUUAUUCGACAAAAUGCAAAGAACCAGGAUAAAGCCCGAUGAGAUCACAUACCUGUGCUUGUUGAGCGCUUGUGCGCAUGGAGGAUUAGUUCACGAGGCUUGGUAUUUCUUCGAGUGUUUAGAUAAACAUGGAAUGGCUCCUAAGGCAGAACACUAUGCUUGCAUGGUGGAUGUGCUGGCGCGGGCUGGGCGCCUGGAAGAGGCUUACCAGCUCGUGGGUCAAAUCCCGACAGAGCAAACCGCUUCAAUGUUGGGCGCUCUGCUUAACGGUUGCGUUAACCACAGGAGAUUAGAUAUUGCAGAGAUUAUUGGAAUGAGACUUAUAGAAUUAGAUCCGGAUCAUGACGGUCGAUAUAUUGGUUUGUCGAACAUUUACGCGGUCGUUAGGCGCUGGGAUGAAGCCAAAGUAAUGAGAGCAGCGAUGGAGCAAAGAGGCGUCAAGAAGUCUCCAGGGCUUAGUUUUGUGGAAAUAGCCGGAACAGUUCAUAGAUUCUUAGCACAUGACAAAACCCACCCUAGUUCAGAAGAGAUUUAUGUGAUGCUGCAUUUUAUUGUAAACCAAGUGAGACCUGAUGCUGAUCAGGAAAACGAGGAAUGCUACUUGUACGAUUUGGAAGAUGCCUGAGGCGCAUCAUCUUGCAACAAUGCUUUCAGGGAGUCAA